AUGUUGCAAGGUAUCCGGGCAUCGACUCUAACGAUGCCUCCCUUUGGGAAUGACAUGUCCCUUGCUGGCAUGCAAAAGAUGGACGGCUACACCGACACAGAGCCAUGGGCAUGGUCACAAAAUGCCCCGACACAACAACCCGCCUAUUCCAGUGUGUUUGAUCCCUCGAUUUACGCCAAUUUCGCGCCACAGCUGCAGUCUCCGUCACGUGGACUAUCACGGCAUCCUUCGGCCGCCUCCCAUGUUCUGUCCACUGCAACCAACACUCCACCACCUCCCAGACCGCAUGUCGCGGGCAACAUGGUCAAGGCACAACCGGCCUUUAGGCCCACAUGGCAAGGCUUUUUGGACACCACAAAGGAUGCCAUGACCGUUGUCGAGGCCGCUCUGCAGGGACGCCUAAGCCACAUCAGCCGAAGACCACACGACAAGGAACGCGCGGAGAUGCUGACUUCAGGUACCGUGCUUGUAUACGAAGAGAAUGCUUCCGGAAUCAAGCGAUGGACUGACGCUGUGCAUUGGUCCCCAAGUCGAGUCAUGAACAACUGCCUCAUCUAUCGCCAACUGGUUCGAGCCUUGAAGCCUGAAGAGAAGAAAUCAGCCCUGAACCCUUCGUGCGGGACCAAGAGAAAGCGCAAAGAUUGCUCUGGCCUGGUCACCCCGAGGACGGCCGAAGGCCUAAACGGUUCCGAUGAUGAAUACGAGAAUGGUGCAUUCGACAAUGGCCUAGCAGGCGACGCAAACUCGCUAAACAAGGUGUACGCCAACUUUGCCCAGAGUCUUUCUCCUGAGCAGCAAAGACGAUUCUGUGGCUCCCUGAUCGACAGCUAUGAAUUCAAAGAGGGGGGUCUGAUGAAGAAGACCAUCUCUGUCAAGUAUCAGGGCACGCAUCACCACGUGAUUUCCUACUAUAGCCUGGAAGAUGUGGUCAGUGGCAAGCUCAAACGACCUUACCAAGACCCAAAGCUAGCGGACAUUCGACCAAGGCCAGAGCUUCUCAAUGGAUGGAAGUUCAACCUUGAGGACGAGGAGAGUAAGGAUAUGCCUCUUGUUGGAGGCUAUCCCCAUCACAUCCAGCCUAGCCACCUGCAGCACCACAUGAUUGGGAACGGGAGUCAAGCUGUCGGCGUACAGGGCGCAAUGUCGGCCCACACGCCCCUCCACCUUCAGGUCCCAGAUUACUGGCAUGGGCCGCAGUCUUCGCAAUAUACAUCUGGUCACCAUAGCCCCCAGCAUUACACGUCACCCACUGCUUCACAAUACUCGAACGCGCCCUACUCGGCGCAUCAAGGUUCAACGCAUACGUAUUCUACUCAGCGGUCCUCGACUCAGCAUUACGGCCACCCUUCGCCUCCUCAACAUUACCCAUCACCGCACUCAGCGAGCUCCCAAUACCCUGCGCAGGUCGCUGCCUCUCAGUACCCAUCGCAGCCACAGACACCGCGACACUACAGCUCUGACUACACGCAUUCGACCACGGCACCUCCAUACACACAAUCAUCCUCGGCUUCGCAGUACGCGCCUUCUUUGCCUGCGCACAACGCAGAGUCCUCUCAAUACACCGUACCGCAGUCGUCUACAUUCGAUGUUCAUAUUCCUGUGCCCCAAAGCUCGCCAUCGGACCAGCAAACAGCUCAACUUGCUUCGCAACAACCCGACACGCCACGGCGAUCAUCGGCCCCUGUUAGUCUGAAGUCUUACAAUCAACAGCCGUAUCCUUCAGCACCCCAUCCGCACUCGUACUAUGUCACAGACCAGAAAUACACACCAGAAUCAAAGUAUUCGGCCUCUCACAACGGCUACUAG